GCAGAGGCAAGGCCUAGGGCCACAUCCUUGAGGCCAGGCUCGCCGAAGAAGCUCGCCUCAGAUGGCCCACCGUCCAGGCCACCGUCCCGGCCACCAUCCAGGCCGAAGACUCCAACUACUCCCAAGCGAGGUGCACCAAGUCCUGCUCCGACAACUGUGGGCGAGAUGGACGUAAGCAGGAUCGACCCGGAAGAGGCACUUGUAGACUUUGAGAAGGUAGACGCGGGAGAUGUUUCCUUGGACUUAGACGGCGAAUCUCUCAGAGACUACGGGCGAGAGGACAAGGUGCUGGUCUCCAUCAGGAUCAAGCCGACCGAUGCGCCCAAUGCAUGGGAUGCGAAGAACAGUGCCAUCAAGCUUGAUCCACAAUGCGGAAAGGGUCCCCAGGAGUUCCAUUUCGACGAGAUCCUGACGGGUUCAGAGAACCGGCCUGUAUACAAUGCUGUUGCACGCAGUCAUGUAUGCGCCGCUAUGGAUGGCUACGAUGCCGUAAUCUUUGCCUAUGGUCAGACGGCCAGUGGUAAGACCUUCACACUGUCUGGCGACGAAGAACAGCCUGGCAUCACACCCCGCGCCAUGAAGGACAUCUUCGCUUACAUCAGGCGCACGCCGACACGAGAAUACCUCCUGCGUUGCUCGUACCUCGAGAUCUACAAUGAAACUAUCCACGACCUCCUCGCACCGCCCUCUAUGAGCGCUGCGCAACCUGUGCAGAUCCACGGCACAGGUCCCGAUAUCGUAUUAACGCCGCUCCGCGAAGAAGUUGUUACGAGUCUCAAGGGUUUCAAAGAGGUGCUUGAGCGCGGCGAGGGCAACCGCCGAACGGCUAGUACGGACUGGAACGAGCGCAGCAGCCGUAGCCAUAGCGUCUUCCGCGUUGUCAUCGAGAGCCGCGGACGUGGGCCCCGCGACGAAGACGGCACGUCGAGCGGACGGCAGACCCCCGGGUACCGCCCGCCUACUCCGGGCGGAGCACGGCUGCAGGCACGCGGCGGACGCAGUGUACAAACUUCUGUGCUCAGUUUGAUAGACCUUGCGGGUUCAGAGAAGGCUACGUCGGAUAAGGAGCGGACGCGGGAGGGAAAGUAUAUCAACACGAGUCUGCUUACCCUCGGUACGGUCAUCGGAACUCUUGCGGAGAAUGCCUCGAGGGGCAAGAACGAUCAUGUACCGUUCCGAAACUCCAAGUUGACUCGCAUGCUGCAGCCGUCUCUUUCGGGCAAUGCACGAAUAUCGGUCAUAUGUACCAUCAACCCGAGUAAAGAAGCCAUUACCGAGUCUACCAGCACCCUGCUCUUCGCACAGCGCAUCAAACGAGUCCAGCUCCAUGCACAGAAGAAGGAAGUUAUUGACACCGAAGCUCUGCUGGAGCGAUACCGGAAGGAGAUCGAAGAGCUUAAGCGGCGCCUCGCAGAACGCGAGGCCGACUCGCCAAACAAGAACCGACGUCUGUCUGCGCGAGAGCAACUGGAAGAGUCGAAGGCGAUGCACGACCUCAACGCGCGUAUUCGUCAGUUGACGAAGUUGAUCCUGACGAGCCAAACUGUAGAUGCCGACCCGUCGCGACCCACCAGUCCCGCUAAGGUCAACUUCGAUAUGACGCCGUAUCAGCUCCAACAAGAGCUUCUCGCCGCCCGUCGGCAGAUUGACUCACAAGCGACCCAAAUUCUCUCGCUGGAAGAAGCUUUGCUAGCUCGCCCACUGCUACCGCUAGACGCGCCAGAGAACGAAAAGGACAAGCUACUCACGGGACAGGCGAAGACGAUCCGCGAGCUCGAGAUCGUCGUCAAGGGCUACGAGGACAAUCUCGGCGAGCCGCUACGCAAGGUCAAAGAAGAUGUCGAGCACGAGUGGGCCGACAAGCUCGCGCAAGAGGUUAAGAUUAGAGAAGAGAAGGAAGCCUGGGCGAACGAGCUGGUGAGGCAGCUCGAGAAAGAGCGCAAGGUUCGCAUGAAGCUCGAGGAGGAACGACAGGCGCUUGCAGCAUUUGUGAAGAAAUUCGACUCGCUUGGCUUGGGCGACCUCUCGCUCCCGCCGACGAAGCUUAACCCUCCCAUGCCUACUCCAGGCGGCGCUGCGGUCGUCUUUGCCGAACGCCAGCGAAACCGCCUGCUCGCGAUGGAAACAUCGAUGGCAACCGUCACUGAGGUCGAUUCGCCGUUCCGCGUGAGCGUCAGUGCUAUUGAGCCAAGCCUGCUCGAGGAGCGGUGGGACACGCUCGACGACGUGAGCGUUGACAUGGACGGGAUACCGAAGGCGCCAAGCUCACUGAUCAGGGAGGAGGAGAAGGAAAAUCUGCCAAUCUAAACGAAGUGGGUCCGGAACCUGCUGACAGCUAUUGUUAUGCCUUCUAUGUACGGUUUGCUCACAGCUUUGUAUGUUGCAUUUGGGUUUGUAUACUAUGUAAUCUCACUCUUACUCCUUUC